AUGAUUGCCACAUACCGCUUUGCACUAAAAAAGUAUCGGCAGAGGCAGGCUGCCAAGUCCAGCCUUGCUCCGUCGCACGCAAACAACAACUUAUCCAAAGCUGCCAAAGAAAACUGUGCUCGAUGCAAGGAAGAGAAGAGCGCUUUACGAAAAUACAGGUGGAAGCUCCUCUUUUGUCUUCUACCAGCCUUCUUCGAUGCCAGUCUAGACUUGACCAUCGUCGCAACCGCACUUCCUCAGAUCGCCUCUCACUUUGACAAAUUCAACCAACUCAAUUGGAUCGUGACAGCGUUCACCUUGACAUCCACAGCAUUUAUCCCCAUUUUUGGGUCCUUUGCAGACACCUUCGGUCGAUAUUUCAGCCUUCAGUUCGCCAUUGUCAUCCUUACCAUCGGGAGCGUCCUAUGUGCAGUAGCUCCUGAGUGGGGCGUCCUGCUACUCGGUCGGGCAUUGCAAGGUGUUGGCACGGCUGGAGUACAAAACGUCGCCAUGAUCAUCUUGGCCGAUAAGGUGUCACUGCGCGAGCAAGCCGUCAACACAAGUAUCUUCCAACUAAUGAACGGCGUGGGCUACAGUGUUGGACCCGUGAUCGGUGGCUACUUGACCAACGCCGAUUGGCGCUAUUGCUUCGUGGUCAAUGCGGGCAUUUCGGUGGUGAGCUUUUUCUCAAUCUUCAUCAUCCGCAAUGAUCUCGUGGCUGGAAAAAUCUCCGUAUGGCGACCUUCGGGCAAUCAAACCCGGCUGCAAGCCUUAGCCUCGGGAAUGGCCACGCUUGAUGCAGGUGGCAGCGCGCUCUUCAUCCUGGGAGUCGGCCUUAUCAUCCUUGCCACCGCUUGGGGUGGAUCGACUUACGCAUGGAACUCCAGUGCUGUGAUCGUUCCUAUCGUCCUCGGUGCCGUCCUCUUAUUCUGCUUUGUCGCGUGGGAGAUCCUGCUGGCGCCCAACCAAUUUCUCAACCGCGCCUUCCCACGAACGGUUCCCAUGAUUCCCGCUUCUGCGCUCGUCUCCAAGGAUCUAUCACUCGUCUGCAUCAUUGCUGCAGGCACCGGUGCAGCACUGUACUCUGUCUUCUACUUCAUUGGGAUCUACUUCACUUUGGUCGAGGGCUACGAAGCUUCGAAAGCCGGUACACAGCUCCUCUAUUACGUACCCGGACUGGGCGUGGGCGUGUACUUUGCGAUAUUCGUCUGCAACGUCUACCCGCGCCAGACAUUUUGGCCUCUAUCGCUCGGGACCACCGUCGAGACCACCGGCAUUGCAGUACUGUGCUACGCGGUGAAAACCCGCAACGAGGUCCUCGUGAACGUGAUGAUGGCCAUCGCCGGUGUCGGGACGGGCAUGCGCUUCAUGCCCUCGAACCUGCACCUCUCGGGGAUGUUCCGUGACCGCCUGGCGCCAGCAUAUAGCAUGCUGCGCUUCGCACUUCCGUUCGGCGGCACCCUCGCCCUCACGAUCAUGGGCUCUGUGUUCCAGAACCAGAUGGCCAAUGUUUUCGGCUCCAGCACUGCGACUGCCGGUAGCGGCGCCGGUUCCAGCUCCAAUGGCACCGCGACCGUCAACCUCCACAACCAGGCCAACCUCGACAACAUUUCCCUGCUGCCUGCAGACCAGCAAGCUGCCAUUCGCGCACAGGGCGCCAUUGCCACAAUGUGGAGUUUCAUCUCUAUCCUCCCAAUCCUCGUCCUGACGCUCUUCGCAAGCCUGGCACUGGGGAAUGUCUGGAUUUCGAAGAAGAAAGCCAGCAAAGGCGAAGAGGCAGCAGCUGCCGAGGCUCCUAGAGAAGACGGCACCUGCGCGCGACACGCCGGCGGUGCAGAUGCCGAGCAAGCCGCCGAGACGCCCGGCUCUGGCACGGAGAUCCUCGAGGGCGUCUACUUGCUUGCCCUACUUCGGGGGAAUGUCAAGUCGAUGAAGAAAAAGGGCCCCGAAGUAGUGGCCCCCAGGACGGCGACUGCCAGCGGCCCAGGAGAGCAUCUGAGGCUCGCAACUGCGCACGACCAUGCGUCGGUGGUGACGUCUGAUAGGGGCGCUUCCGAUGGGGAACGGACUGUGGGAGCGAAGAGUCUUGUUUGA